GUAUUUUCGUUCAGGUAUGUAGGUACACACCUUAUAAGGGUGUAGGUCCUCCAACUAUAAUGCCAAUUUUAGUCAAUCAAGGGCCUGAAUUUCCCUCAUUACUUGUUUUUGUCUCAAGUCGAAAAAAAAACCUUUGAAACUUUGAAACUACCAUCCUCAGAGCAUUACUACUACUACUUAUCUAUAUUUUGUGUAAUUACAAAAAUUUAGAAUGUGUUUGCGUGCGCAGAUUUUUGAAUUCUGGAUGAGACGCUAUAAUAAGACUAAACAAAACACAAAAACGAUUUAUUUUCCGUGAUUUAAAUCUCAACGAUUUUCCUUAAAAAAUAUUAAAAACUGAGACGCUAUAAAAUCAAGCAGCUUAAAGUAUAAAAAACGACCAUAACCAAUUAAAAAUGCAAGUUGAAAAUACCAAUAGUUGUAGUGAAAUCACGUAUAAGUGGGACCUACCGAAUGAGAAAAUUUCUAGUUUGAAUUGGACAGCUUCGGAAUAUUUCAACUUUCCUAAUAACGAUAAUGUGAAAUUUUGCAUAUACUUUAAACGGUAUGCUGGAGCUCGUUUGAAAGUCAAGAAGAUAGGAACUCUCAAAGAAACAUUUGACAUUGAACUGAAAAUAGGAGAUAGUAAGAUGCAAAGUACAACAUUAUUGGGUUCAAAAUCAUUCUCCGAUGAAUUAAUAUUUAAAGAUAUUAAUUCUAAAGGACCCUAUAGAAUUAGUUGUAAAGUAGAAUUUCAAGGAUGCAAUAAGUAUGGAAAUAUUUAUGUUCCAAUACUAAACAAAAUGGAGAACUAUUUAUUUUCAUCCGAAUUGAGUGACGUCACUAUAAAGGUUGAGAAUGAAACAUUUUCUGCUCAUAAAAUUGUAUUAGGCAAGAACAGUCCUGUACUGGAGACAAUGCUUAACUCGAAAAAGCAAAAAAAAUGCAUUAUUAGCUUUAAGGGAUUUGAUAAAGAAACUGUUGAAGAAGUAUUGAGAUUUUUGUACACCGGAAAAGUUGAGAAAGACAACGACAGUGACUUAAUCUUGAAAUUACUUUCUUUCGCUGAUAAGUAUCAAGUCAAAAUAUUAAUGGAUUUUUCCGAAACAAAGUUAAUAAAAACCUUAACCGCUGAUAAUGUCAUUGAAAUACUUGUAGCAACUGAUAAAUAUGAUUUGGUAGAUUUCAAGAAGAAUGCGAUCAAGUUUAUGAUUGAAAAUAAAGCAUACAUUGAAUUCACUGAUGCAAUCAAACAAAUCAACAAUUCAAAAGUAAUAUGGGAAUUUUUUUUUGAACAAAGUGGAAUGAAGAAUUCAGAGAAUGAUGAAUCAUCGAUUGGUGAAAAUGAUCAAGAUUCAUUUGAUAGUGAUUAAGAUAUGGAUUAAUUAUUCAUUUUAUCAUUUUAUUAUUAAUUAUUAUUAAUUAUUUUCGAUUACCACUAUUGAGCAUUGAAUCAAAAAACAUUUUAUUAACAUAGUAAAUUAUCG